AUGGAUGACAAUAAUCCAAAUUACAUAAAUAAUCCAAACGUCCAAAAUGAUCCAAACUUCCAUCACAAUCCAAAUAAUAUUCAGUUUGAUCCAAGUAUUUUUAACAAUCCUCAAUUUCAGAUGGCAUUUCAGUUUUUUAGUAGUCAAUCAAGGCAAAAUAAUGUUCAAAUAACACCACAAAAUCCUCAUUACUCUUCAAACCAAAAUGAACUUGAUACUUCCCAAAAUAUUCCAAUGUUUCCCAUGUCUCAACAUUUUGGUGGUGAACCAAUUGAGCAUUCUCCAAGAGGGGAUGGUAGUAGUAGUAGUAGGAUCCCAAAUGAAGAAAUAAGUAGAGCGCAACAUCUAGAAGACAUUGAUGAAGUUGUUGUUCAAUUAUUUCCCGAAGGAAGUACCAAAAAGAAGACUCCGAAGGUGACUUUCAAUAUAAAAGAAGAUGAAGCUCUAGUCUCUGGCUACAUCAACACAGGUGGAGACACCGGAAAAGGGACUAAUCAAUCAAUGGGAGUUUUAUGGAGAACUAUUUUGGAACUUUAUGAGGUUGCACGCCAUACUAAUCCAACUGAGUUGAAAGAAAGAACUAUAAAAUCAUUGCAAAAUCAUUGGGAUCACAUUAAUCACACUGUUUCAAGAUGGGUCGGUGUGUAUGGCAAGUGUUUAAGAGACAAAAAAGUGGACAAACAGAUGAAGAUGUGGAGGACAACACUCAUGAGAGUUAUUCGAAAUUGUAUCAUGAGAGCGGGGGGAAGCUCUAAGAGGUCGGAACCAGAUACACAGACUGAAGAAAUUGGAAAUGGUAGGCCAGAUGGCCAGAAAAAAGCAAAGAGGAAAGCAAAAGAAGCUGCUACUGCCAGUACCAUAAACCUUGACUCUUUUCAAGCAUCUCUAGAAGACAUUAAUGAUAGAAGGAACAAUAUAGGAGAACAAAUGCUAGAACUCAUGAAGGAAGGUGGAAGAGAAGAAAAGGCAAAAACAGCAAGAGGCAAAGAUGCUUCAAGUGAUGAAAUAUAUGAUAACAUGAUGUUGGAUUGGGUUGAAGAGAGUGAGAGUUUGCGACUUACAGAGCAGGCGUUGUAUGAUGAAGGCCAGUUUCGGCAAAGGUUUCGCAUGCGAAAGGAGGUUUUCCUUCGCAUUACUAAUGCUUUGGCUACAAGUGACUCCUUCUUCAGACCGAGCGAAGAUUCUACUGGGCGAUUAGGUGCAUCAACUCUACAAAAAUACACUGCAGCAAUACGACAAUUAGCAUAUGGUACUUCAGCUGACCAAGUUGACGAAUAUCUGAAGUUGGGUGCAAGAACGGCAAGAGAAUGUCUUACCCACUUUGUUAACGGGGUGACAACUCAAUUCUCGAACGAUUACCUAAGAAGGCCCACGGAUGAAGAUCUUCACCGUCUUCUAAGUGAAGGAGAACGUCGUGGAUUUCCUGGGAUGAUAGGAAGCAUUGAUUGCAUGCAUUGGCAGUGGAAAAUUGUCCAGUUGGAUGGAAAGGAAUGUACCAAGACGGGAAUAUAUCCAGAGUGGGCAGCAUUUGUUGAUGCCAUAACCGCUCCUCAAACUCCUAAACAAACGAUGUUCACCCAGCGACAAGAGAGUGCUAGAAAAGAUGUGGAGCGUGCCUUUGGGGUGUUACAAGCUCGAUUUGCAAUAAUACGUCAACCAGCACUAGCAUGGAGUAUACUCGACCUACUAUGGAAAAUCAUUAUGACAUGUAUUAUCAUGCAUAACAUGAUAGUGGAAGAUGAACGAGAUACCUAUUCAAAUUAUCAAGACCCGAGUGAAUUUGCCCAAGAACGACCUUCAAAUCAAGGUGAAUCAUCCAGAACCGUUGUUGAGCCAUUUACCAUCACGAGAGGACGGUAUGAGGAUAGAAACCUUCAUAACUUUUUCACUCGGAGAGAAGAUCUUCAUGAUAGGAAUAUUCAUAUGUCUUUAAAGAACGAUUUGGUCGAUCGCAUAUGGAACUAG